AUGGCUGCCCCGCACCGCCAGCCGGAGGAGGCCAUCGAUGACUCCGAGUUCAUCGAGGACCACCAGGAGCACCACCAGGACUCGGUGCACCGUCGUCUACGGGCCAACUCGACUAUCAUGCACUUCCAGAAGAUCCUGGUGGCCAACCGUGGUGAAAUCCCCAUCCGUAUCUUCCGUACCGCCCACGAGCUGUCCCUGCAGACCGUCGCCGUCUUCUCCCAUGAGGACCGUCUGGGCAUGCACCGUCAAAAGGCUGACGAGGCUUACAUGAUCGGUAAGCGUGGCCAGUACACCCCCGUGGGUGCCUAUCUCGCUGGUAAUGAGAUCAUCAAGAUCGCCGUGGAGCACGGCGUGCACCUGAUCCACCCCGGCUACGGCUUCUUGUCGGAGAACGCCGAGUUUGCCCGAAAUGUCGAAAAGGCUGGCAUCGUUUUCGUGGGCCCAACCCCCGACACUAUCGAUGCCCUCGGUGACAAGGUCUCUGCCCGUCGCCUCGCCAUCAAGUGCGGUGUUCCCGUCGUCCCCGGUACGGAAGGCCCCGUCGAGCGCUACGAGGAGGUCAAGUCCUUCACCGACGUCUAUGGCUUCCCCAUCAUCAUCAAGGCCGCCUUCGGUGGUGGUGGCCGUGGUAUGCGUGUCGUCCGCGACCAGGCUGACCUGCGCGACUCCUUUGAGCGUGCCACCUCCGAGGCCCGUUCGGCCUUUGGCAACGGUACCGUCUUCGUCGAGCGCUUCCUCGACAAGCCCAAGCACAUUGAGGUCCAGCUGCUCGGUGACAACCAGGGCAACGUGGUCCACCUGUUCGAGCGUGACUGCUCCGUCCAGCGUCGUCACCAGAAGGUUGUUGAGAUUGCCCCGGCCAAGGACCUGCCCAUCGAUGUCCGCGACAAGAUCUUGGCCGAUGCCGUGAAGCUCGCCAAGUCUGUCAAGUACCGCAACGCCGGUACUGCCGAGUUCCUGGUGGACCAGCAGAACCGCUACUACUUCAUUGAGAUCAACCCCCGUAUCCAAGUCGAGCACACCAUCACCGAGGAGAUCACCGGUAUCGAUAUCGUCGCUGCCCAAAUUCAGAUCGCCGCUGGUGCUACUCUCGAGCAGCUGGGUCUGACCCAGGACCGCAUCUCUACCCGCGGUUUCGCCAUUCAGUGUCGUAUCACUACCGAGGACCCCGCCAAGGGCUUCUCCCCCGACACUGGUAAGAUCGAGGUCUACCGUUCCGCUGGUGGUAACGGUGUGCGUCUGGACGGUGGUAACGGUUUCGCCGGUGCCGUCAUCACCCCUCACUACGACUCCAUGCUGGUCAAGUGCACAUGCCGUGGCUCGACCUACGAGAUUGCUCGCCGCAAGGUCCUGCGUGCCCUGGUCGAGUUCCGUAUCCGUGGUGUCAAGACCAACAUUCCCUUCCUGGCUUCCCUGCUGAGCCACCCCACCUUCAUCGAUGGCACCUGCUGGACCACUUUCAUCGAUGACACUCCCGAGCUCUUCACUCUGGUCGGCUCUCAGAACCGUGCCCAGAAGCUGCUGGCCUACCUCGGUGAUGUCGCUGUCAACGGCAGCAGCAUCAAGGGCCAGAUCGGCGAGCCCAAGUUCAAGGGCGAGAUCAUCAAGCCCGUCCUCAAGGACGCCUCCGGCGCUCCCAUUGACGUUUCCGCGCCUUGCCAGAAGGGUUGGAAGCAGAUUCUUGACAGCGAAGGCCCGGCUGCUUUCGCCAAGGCUGUGCGCGCCAACAAGGGCUGCUUGCUCAUGGACACCACCUGGCGUGAUGCCCACCAGUCGCUGCUCGCCACCCGUGUGCGUACCAUCGAUAUGCUCAACAUUGCCCACGAGACCAGCCACGCGCUGUCCAACGCCUACAGUCUGGAGUGCUGGGGUGGCGCCACCUUCGACGUCGCCAUGCGUUUCCUCUACGAGGACCCCUGGGACCGUCUGCGCAAGCUCCGCAAGGCCGUUCCCAACAUUCCCUUCCAGAUGCUGCUGCGCGGCGCCAACGGUGUGGCCUACUCUUCCCUUCCCGACAACGCCAUCUACCACUUCUGUAAGCAGGCCAAGAAGUACGGUGUUGACAUCUUCCGUGUCUUCGAUGCCCUCAAUGACGUCGACCAGCUCGAGGUCGGUAUCAAGGCUGUCCAGCAGGCCGGUGGUGUGGUCGAGGCUACCAUCUGCUACAGCGGUGACAUGCUGAACCCCACCAAGAAGUACAACCUGGAGUACUACCUUGCUCUCGCCGAGAAGAUUGUCUCCCUGGGCACCCACGUCCUGGGUAUCAAGGAUAUGGCCGGUGUGUUGAAGCCCCAGGCUGCCCGUAUCCUGAUCGGUGCUCUCCGUGAGCGCUACCCCGAUCUCCCCAUUCACGUGCACACCCACGACUCUGCCGGUACCGGUGUGGCCUCGAUGAUUGCCUGCGCCCAGGCUGGCGCUGACGCCGUUGAUGCUGCUACCGACUCCCUGUCCGGUAUGACCUCUCAGCCCAGCAUCGGUGCCCUCCUGGCCUCGCUCUCGGGCACUGAGCAGGACCCUCAGCUCGACAUCGCGCAGGUCCGCGCCCUCGACACCUACUGGGCUCAGCUGCGUCUGCUCUACUCGCCCUUCGAGGCUGGUCUCACCGGCCCCGACCCCGAGGUUUACGAGCACGAGAUUCCCGGUGGUCAGCUCACCAACCUCAUCUUCCAGGCCAGCCAGCUCGGUCUGGGCCAGCAGUGGGCCGAGACCAAGAAGGCCUACGAGGUGGCCAACGACCUGCUCGGCGACAUUGUCAAGGUCACCCCUACCUCCAAGGUGGUUGGCGAUCUGGCCCAGUUCAUCGUCUCCAACAAGCUGUCGGCGGAGGACGUUGUCGAGCGCGCUGGUGAGCUCGACUUCCCCGGCUCCGUCCUGGAGUUCCUGGAGGGUCUGAUGGGUCAGCCCUUCGGCGGCUUUCCCGAGCCCCUGCGCUCCCGUGCUCUGCGCAACCGCCGCAAGCUCGACAAGCGUCCCGGUCUGUACCUCGAGCCCCUGGACCUGGUCUCUAUCAAGAGCCAGAUCCGCGAGAAGUUCGGUGCCGCGACCGAGUGCGACGUCGCCUCGUACGCCAUGUACCCCAAGGUCUUCGAGGACUACCGCAAGUUUGUGCAGAAGUUCGGUGACCUGUCCGUCCUGCCGACGCGCUACUUCCUGGCCCGUCCCGAGAUCGGUGAGGAGUUCCACGUCGAGCUCGAGAAGGGUAAGGUCCUUAUCCUCAAGUUGCUGGCUAUUGGACCCCUGUCCGAGCAGACCGGUCAGCGUGAGGUCUUCUACGAGGUCAACGGUGAAGUGCGCCAGGUCGCGGUCGACGACAACAAGGCCUCUGUCGACAACGUGGCUCGCCCCAAGGCCGAUGCUGCCGACAGCAGCCAGGUCGGUGCCCCCAUGUCCGGUGUCGUGGUUGAGAUCCGCGUGCACGACGGCCACGAGGUGAAGAAGGGUGACCCUAUUGCGGUGCUGAGCGCCAUGAAGAUGGAAAUGGUCAUCUCCGCUCCCCACAGCGGUAAGGUCUCUAGCCUGCUCGUCAAGGAGGGUGACUCUGUCGACGGCCAGGAUCUUAUCUGCCGAAUUACCAAGGCUUAA